UUCUGACAUCUUCGGUGACCUGACGGACCCUAUUGGAGGGCUGGGCGCGCGCAGCGCUCGCACCGUGUCUCCAGCGGUCUUCCAGCACCACGAGCGGCUCUUCACCGGGCUGCUAGUAGUGGAGCUUGUCCUUGAGGCGGCGUACCUAGGCCUGAUGCUACAUUGCUCGAGGCACUCUGUCCAGGAGGUGGCCUCAGCAUACCAGGCGCUGCCGUUGCAGACGCUAUGGACGUUGUUCUGGGCGCAGCUUGGCUUCCAGCUGGCAUACUUGAAGCUCUACUUCUGUAUGGGCUUCUCUGCGGCGAACAAGCACAAGCCGCGCUUAUACGCAUGGUUCUCCAAUGUUGCCCUCACAGGCAUCAUUGUGCAGGUUCUGUUCGCGUACAUGAACAAGGCCAACAUCGUCGUGUUUGCCUUGCGGCUCUUCUGCUACGUCUAUGCAAGGUUCAUGAAAGGCAUGCUGCAUCAGCUGCUGUUGCACCCUCCAGCGGAGCUUGAUGUGUGA